AUGUUCCUUGGAAUCGUUGUAAUUAAAGGAGCAAAAUCCAACACCAUGUUUUCUCCAUCCACACCAUUUCCUUCUAGAAUUGUUCCUUCUCCUUCAGUUAUGAUGCUUAAUGAGCAUGCUGCUCCUGCAGUUUCUUCUUUACCUUCUAGUUCUGCUGCUCAGUCUUUUCCUACCUCAGUUCUUCUGCAAGAGCAUCGGGAUGAAUAUAAGCCUCUACUUCAUAUGCAUAGAGAAGACAAGUCACCCCAGGCAGCCUUAAAUACAAGGGUAAUGGAUGUGAAGUCAGUUCCUGAGAAAAACAUAAAUGGCGAUGUUGAUGAGUCAGCGCGUGACUCUAUGCAGCAGUUGCAUCUUCGGUGUCAUUUACAGAACUUAUUGGCUUCUUCGCCAGAAGAGGAUUUUGUUUCUUCUUCUUCGACUAUGCAGUCUGCUGAUGAUUUCCAAUGGAGGGCACUUUCUCUUGCGAAGCAAGCCCUAUCAGCCUCAAAACAAGCUGCUGCAGUGGCUGAUGAGUUGGAAUUGAUUAAACUUGACUAUGAUAAUGAUUCAUCCCUUCUCAGUUUGGCUGACUAUUCAAUUGGAAAGAAUAAAAUCGUGAGGUCAACACGGCUUAAAGAAAGGCGAUCUAAACAGAGAAAAGUGUCGAACUCAAAAGUUUUUGAUGAAGAAAUGUACCUUACAAAAAAGUUAGAUGUACAGAGAAGGUUACGUGCAGCGAAAAAGUUAAAAGAAGGACUUGAUGGAAAUAAUGUCCUGCGCUUUUUCUUAUGGAGUCCCGAAACAAAGCAACUUUUGAACCUUGAAGAAGAGUCUCAAUUGAUUGCUCAGAUACAGGAUUUAUUUAAAUUGAAAGAAACAAAGAUCAAGCUUCAGUCUCAGUUUGGGAGAGAACCAACUUUGCACGAAUGGGCAGAUUGUGUAGGCCUAAGCUGCCGUGUCCUUCAGGCACGGCUUCAUUCUGGUUACAAAAGCAAAGAAAAGCUGAUUCUUGCCAAUUUACGCCUGGUAGUUCACAUUGCUAAAUAUUUUCAGGGGCGUGGUCUCAGCUUUCAGGACUUAUUGCAGGAGGGAAGUAUUGGUCUUAUGAGGAGUAUCGAAAAGUUCAAACCUCAAGCUGGUUGCCGUUUCAGUACUUACGCUUACUGGUGGAUAAGUAAUACAAUAAAGAGGGCUAUGUAUUUGCAUUCCAAAACAAUUCGUCUCCCGGAGACUUUCUACGUUCUUUUGGGUAAAGUUUCGGAAGCAAAGAAAUCGUACAUUAAAGAAGGAAACCUUAACCCUACCAAAGAAGAAAUAGCAAGACGAGUAGAAAUUACAGUAGAUAAGUUGGAAAUGUUGCUACUUGCUACAAGAACUCCGCUUUCGAUGGAGCGAGCUGUUUGGUCAGACCAGAACACAAGUGUCCAGGAGACUACUGCAGACUCUGCAAUUGAGAUCCCAAAUGAAUGUGUUGCAAAACAACUAAUGAGGAGCCAUGUACGCAACCUCUUAAGCACAUUGAGUCCAAGAGAAAGAAAGGUAAUCAGAUUGAGAUUUGGUAUUGAAGAUGGCUAUCCGAAAUCUCUGUCAGAAACUGGCCACUUGUUGGGUGUGUGUAGGGACAAUGUCAGACAUAUAGAGCGCAAAGGAUUGAACAAGCUCAAAGAGUGCCUUGUUGAUCAACAGUUUGAUGCAUAUGCAGACUUGAUUGUAUAA